UCAUACCAGAAGGUUAGCUUUACUCCAUCGACAUCCCCCAAGACUGUAUCCAGACAUCAUGCUUCUCUCGCAGUACGUCUUGCUAGCCGCGGCCUUCGGCUCUAGACUUGUAACUUCGGAGUUCAUCAAUGCAGAAUGCAAGACCGACGACGACUGCCAAAAACCUUGCGCGGACGCUACGAACCCUUUUACAGGCGUUUUCGAUCCUCACUGCCUAGCAAACAAUAUUACAGCAUCGCCUCCCAAAUUGUGCGACUGCUCUGUAACCUCGGACGAUGGAUGUCUGACGUUCUGUGUCGACAUGUGGGCAAAAGAUUACCCCGGAUCAAAAAUCACUGCAGCAAGACAGUAUGGGCCCGAUAAACAAGAAUGCUGCUGUGCCGGAGUGUGUGCUGGACCCAACAAGGCGGAUUGUGAGGCCUUUGUUGGCGGCGACCCAUGUCAAGUUUAGAUGCGCCGCGUCACGACUCUUGCCGCGGUGGUUCUAGAACUAAGGUACCAGUGUGGCUUGUUGGCAUUGGCGGGCAGCGGUCUGGUACUACGCACUUCACGUUAGGAGGUAGAUUCAGUCUCGUUGGGGGAGGAAUAGAUGAAUUAUGUUUCAUCUGCAAAGAGGUGGGAAAGGGGAGAACAUGCCUACGGAGCGGCUCAUUCGUGGUAGUCGGGACCGGCAGAUGGUGGGCAUGUGAUGAUAUAGCUUACCUUCCUACUUUGUACAAGAUGUAUGCUGAAAUGGACUCCAACCUGAACCUAC